AUGGUAACUCUUCACUGUUUGGCAGACGUCUGCCUCAUUCCAAUUGGUACAUCCACUGCUUCUGUCUCCAACGAAGUUGCUGUUAUUACCAAAUUGGCUCGCUCUUCCCACUUAAACUGCACCUUGCAUUCCGCUGGUACCACUAUCGAAGGACCUUGGAACGAGGUGAUGGAGUUAAUUGGCCAGUUCCACGAAAAGUUGCAUGAUUCGGGUGUUGUCCGCAUUCAGAGUGACAUCCGUGUGGGAACCCGUACUGACAAGCAUCAAUCUCCACAAGACAAGAUCGAUAUUGUUGAGAAGAAGAUCGCAAGUGGGUCGGUUUAA